GGAAAAGAACAUAAGCUACAACCAGACCAGAGGAAUUAGGGACUCAGAAGACAGCAUCAGGAAGGAGCAAGACUAUCAGUGAACAGUCUCCUCUGAGCUCAAGGCUGCAUCUACUAGAUCUACACUGAAAAAUUGAAAAGCCUAGGUCUAUGUGCAAAGCCGGGGAAUUGAUAAGCUUUCUUCUUUUCCCUUCUUCACAUUCCAGCCUCAGAAUGUUGGCCAUUGCUCUCCUAGCCUUUCUCUGUGUGUCAGCCUCUGCCAAUAAAAUUCAGGCCAAGUCCUCCUCUUAUAAUGGGGAAUAUGGAGGUGUUGCAGGAAGACGAUUCUCUCAUUCUGGCAACCAGCUGGAAGGUCCCAUUACUGCCAUCCGUAUUCGAACUAACACACACUACAUCAUAGGUCUCCAGGUACGCUAUGGCAGGACAUGGAGUGACAAUGUAGGUGGCACACAUGGAGACUUGGAAGAGAUCUUUCUGUAUCCUGGGGAAUCAGUGAUUCAGGUGUCCGGCAAAUACAAGCACUAUCUGAGGAAGCUGGUCUUCGUCACAAGCAAGGGCCGCCGCCUGUCUUUCGGAGGAAAAGAAGGCAUAAGUUUCAAUGCUGUUCCCUUGCAUCCUAACACCGUCCUUCGCUACAUCAGUGGCAGAGCUACCAACUACAUCACUGCCAUUGGCCUGCACUGGGGUCCCUACCCUGGUAACCAGAACAACUGCUGAAGCUUCAGCUUCUCGUUUGCCAGGGACAUUGUGUAAGAAUUCCCUUAUCACCAACCCCUAUGCAAGCAACUUAAUAAAUGAG